CGAGGCUGGGGCUUUCGUUCUGGACUCAAUUGGCUGGGCUAUACAGGGAAGCGAGACCAAUCAGAACCCUAGGUCGUUCUACGUGUUUGCGCGUCUUUGGUCCGAUCAAUAAUUCGCUAUCCCUUAAUCAGCAAUUAUUUUUCACGUUAUAACAAUUGGCGACGGGGUGAAGGAAAAAAAUUUCAAUCCAAAGUCAUUCUGUAAUUGGACGAAAUCCAGUCUAAUUAUCCGACCAAUCAGCAUCCAGAUUGUCGUCAGUGUCCUUCAACGACAUUGGUCAUUAGUCAUACAGUAAUUUUCAUCACAAGUGCUGAUUCAAAAAAAUGACUCUUCCUUCCGAUCGAUUACAGCUGCUCUAUGAACGACAUUUGGAGUUAUUAGUCAAAUUCCGUACGCAGCUGCUAAAUCACUCACGCUAUGAAGACGCGACGGAAGUGGAUGGAUUGAUAUCUGAAAUACACAGUGAGCUGGAAAAUGACAGCAGCCUCCAUGAAUCCUCGGUGAACUGUACUUCAAACGAAACAGUCAUCCAUCAUGCGCCCAGUGGUCCAGUACUUUCUCUUUCAGAAACAUGCCCGGUAAUGGAGUCAAACUCCAUCAACCCCGAAACAGCAUGUGCAGACAGUAACAUAUCCAGCUCACGAGAAGAUCUCAUUGUUUUGCCAGAAAAUGUGUUUCACGCAUCAACUAAUAAUCAAGAACCUGGCACAGUUUUGUUGGGCACGGAUUACCAUAAUCAUCCAUUAUCUACUAAUGAUGCUCCUUAUAAAUUUGACAACAAUAUCUCAGAAGAUUUGAACUCGGAUGAUUUCGAAUUGAGUGGUGUUUAUCCUCAUUAUCUGGUCGAUUUUACUGGAUUCCCUGUGCAAUGUGUUUUAAAUACAAUCAAAUUAAUUGUAAUUUGGGUUUAUGAAGACCCAACAUUAUUUCGAGGGGGAGGAUAGACGCGAGAAAAAUUUAAAAUCCGGACAUCAACUCCGGAUCUCCAAAAAAAAAGGGGAGGUGUUGGGAUAUUCAGGAAAAUAUCCCAAAAAUUAUCCUGUUAAGCCUAAUGCUAUCCUUGGACAUGAAAUAGUAUCAUCUUAUUGGUCAAUAUUUAGUUAGCGUGUUAUUUUCCUACUGGUCAUUAUUGUACAAUGUUAUUUUCUAUUUUAUGGUACGUUGUGGACUGUUUGACUGGUAUAUAAACAAGUAUGUUUGAAAUAUAAUGAUUCAUAUAUCCGAGGCUG